AUGGCUAUUAAUAAGGUAGUAAACUCCAAGAAAGUGAAGAAAGAUGAUUUGAAAAUUAAAAAACCGAACUUACCUUUAAAGAAGAGCAAGAAACCGAUUAAAGUUUUAUCAAAGAGUAUCAACUAUUCUUUAUGUAUACCUACGAGUAUUUUAAAUUCAUGUUCCAAUUUAGACCAGAUAACGCAUACGCUGUACCAGAUCGCCAAGGCUGCUACUCUUUUCAACGUUGCAGAGAUCGUGAUACUCGAUCAAGGGAGCAGAAAUAGUGAAUCCAAGAUCACCGAUUCGAUGUUGAUGGCAUCACUUUUACAGUAUUUCGUCACACCUCCAUAUUUGAUAAAAUCUGUGUUUAAGAAGCAAUAUUUAGGGUAUUUCAAGAUUGCGUCGAAGUUACCAAGAAUAUUGAACCUCCCCUUCAUGAGAUACUUGGAAGCAAAUGAAGGCCGUUACAGAGAAGGCCUUUCUAUUAGAAUGACACAUCCUGACGCUAAGAAAGAGUUUAAACAGACAAAAUACAUAAAUAUCGGUAAAGCAGAGACCUUGGAACUGAAAUCUCAAUUGGUUCCAACAAACGUUAGAGUCACCGUAGACAUCGUAGAAAAGAAAGUCGUGUCGCCAAUAGAAGCUUACGGUGAUUUUGUCGGUGCAAAUUCGUCCUAUGGGUACCAUGUCAGAAUAGCAAAAUCCUUUGGAGAUAUUUUCACUGAAUCUGCAUUCUCUAAAGGCUACUCCCAGGCCAUUUGGAUCAAUAGCGGUGACUAUUACUACAAUGAAAAUCUGAAGAAAUACCAUAAAGUAGAAACAAAAGUGUCACAAAUCGAGAAAAUCAUCAGAUCAGACUCCAAUGAAGAGCCGGCAAACGUAUUACUCGUAUGCGGCAAAUGGGACCACAUCAAGACCUCAUUCAACAAGUGUAAAGACCAAUUUGACGGUUGUGACGGUGCUCAUCAAUUCUUCGACGGCCAGAUAGAACUGCCUGGCGCUGCCCCGCAAGGAAACAUAAACAUCGAAGACAGUUGCAUGAUCGCUCUAACAGCACUACACUCGUAUUUAUAA